UUCUUCUCCUCUCAACUUCAUCCGAUCGGAUCGAUUCUCCCAAAGGAAAAAGAAAAAAGAAAUAAACCGAAAAGACAAGCGGAGCGGGGGAGGAGACGACAAGCAAGCACCGAGCCAGCCAGCUAACCCUAGGAGGGGAGGGGAUCAGGAAAGGAAACGCGGCGACAUGGGCAAGCUCCUCUGCGACUCCUCCUCCGCCGCCGUCGCCAUCGAGGGGCCCUCCCCGCCGCCGCUCCAGCUCCUCACCUGGCCCGCCCCCGCCCCGCCGGAACAGACCCCCGCCCCCACGCCCGCCUGGACCUCCGUCUGGGCCCUCGACGACCAGCAGCGCCGCCGCCUGCUCCGGAUCUGGGAGCGCGGCGUCGCCUGGAAGCCCCCCCGCCCGUCGUGCCCCGAGGAUGAGGAGAAGGACGGCGACGACAAAGACGCCGCCGACGCCGACACGGGCGCGGGCGCGGUCUUCCGGCUCGACCACGCCGGGGAGGUCGAGUCCGACGGCAACUGCCUCUUCACGGCGGUCCGGAAGGCCGCCGCCGCAAAGGCCGAGCCGCGCGAGCUCCGGCACCGCGUCGUGCGCCGCUUCGAGGCCGUCUACGCCGCCGCCGCGGCGGAGGGCUCCGGCGACAGGGACGCCGUCGACGCGGCCGUGCGGCACCUCUACGCGCCGGAUCUCAAGGCCGGGUGGGGCGUCCACGUCGUGCAGGAGGUCAAGCUGCUCGCGCCCAAGGCCCUGCGACCGGACCUCGACGCCGCCGUCCAGGAGCUCGUCGACAUCGGCAUCCAAAGGGAAAUAGCAGCUGAGACAAUCUACAAGGACAGAUGUAUCGCUGUGAACGACGGAGAUAGCUGGGCCAAGUACAUGGCCAUUUCUGGUUCUGCGGAGGAUGAGCAUGACAUAAUCACCCUGCAAUACACAGAAGAGGGCUUACUGACCAUCGAUGAGAAUCGGGAUGGCCGUGCAGCUGCGUUUGGUGAUGAUAUUGCCAUUGAGUGCCUGGCCACCGAGUUCAAGAGAGAAGUUUAUGUGGUCCAGGCACAUGGAGCAGAUGCAAUGGUUGAUGAGGAUAACUGUGUGUUCUUCCUCCCACACCGUCCUAGAGGAGAAAUCUGCGACGCCCCAAUCUUUCUUUUCAUGAAGGGAACAGCAUGGUGUGGUGCCGGUGCGGACCAUUACGAGCCUUUGAUCGCCACCGUACUCCCACAUGUUACCCCAGAUAAGGCAGCUGUUGUACUUUGAGGAAGAGGAUUGGUUGUAGUUUUUAGUCGGCGGAUGCAGUCGAGCCAAUUUUGUUACCGGAGCUAGAGUGCCAAAUUGUGGAGCAACAUCUAUGCCCAAGAAAGAGAGAAAGGAGAGGAGAGAUGAUCUGUCUAACUGUGCAUUUGCAGGGUCUUGCCUGCUUCUGAAGAUCGCGUCGUGUUGUACCAUGAGUCAUUUUCGUAUUGUGUUCUUGUUGAUGUAUGUGUCAUUAUGGAUAGGUUCUGACUAUUGUGAGAGUUGUAGAAUACCUAUUCAUUCUAGGUUGGUGGUGUUGUAUGCCAUAUUUGUGGCCGGCAUUUUUUUCCUAUUACCUCCUGUGAGGUUUUUUUUUCUCUCCCAAAUUUUUUGGUUGCCUAAUUGUUUGUAGGGAUUGCAAUUUGCAAUUGGACAUUCGGAAUGGAACCAGUGAUUCAUUAUUUUGCUGGGUGAAGCCUUUAAUCCUCGUGGCCAACCUUCCUCUGCAGUCACCUCUGCUGUUGUUACUAUCUUGGUCUGCAACAUGUGUGGUAGUACUUCUGUACUUGUAAUGGCAUUAUAAUAAGAGUAAGAACCUAUUGUAAUGGAUGAUAGUAAGAGUAUGAACCUUCAUCUUGAAUACUAUCAGUUUCAUCU